GUAAUUUUUUUCAGUAUCGUGUUAUGUUUUUUGGUAUCUCCCUCUGAAAAUUUUAGGCUAGAAAUAGUUUUUUUCCCUAGAGUCUGACCCUCGACCACUUUUUAAACCGUGAAGUCUAAAACAAGGCCAUUACAUGGGGUUUUGCUUACCGCUGUCGCCUAUAAUGUAUCACACGCGAGUAAAGCCAGAGUAAACUUCCGGUAGGUAGAGUUCAAAUCCCCGGGCCAUAUGGCAACGUCAAGAAAGUUUUAAGUAACUAUUUCUGAUGACUUAGCUAUGGCUGAUAAAUCUCUGCGUAUCGAUAACGAUGUCCACGAACUGGUGUUGGGAGAAAGUUUCAAAAAAGGAUCCUCGGUGGGAUUCCAUUCCAUUCGCUAUGAUUUUAAGCCUGCCUCUGUGGACACAACUGAAGAUGCCUCUGUAGAAGUUGGUGAAAAUCAUCAAGUUACAGUGGCACUGCCACACGUUCAGGGUUCUGGGACAAGUCACACGGUGUACAAGGGAAACAAGAGACCAUGUCCCAAAGAAUGCGUUUUGAUUAUCGACCAUGAUACAGGAACGUACACGCUGGAGAGACUCUCUACACAUAUACAGCUCAAGAAGACUAGGAUAGAAGGUAGCAGUAAGAUUGGCCGCCCAGUCACUCCAGUGGAACAAACAAUGAAGAGCAAAUCUUCCCCCAGCAAAAAGUCCAGUCAUUCCAGCCCUGUGCCUAAGGCAGACUCCCCUCCCACACAGUCGUACAUGGAAGUUGAGAAAGAUGCUGUAGCCACACCCACAUCUCCCAUGGCAACAGGUGUGGGAGUGAUGAGUGACAGCAGCAGUGAGGGAAGCUCAAGUGACAGUGACUCCAGUGACGAAGAUGAGAAGGCCAAAACUACAACCUCUCAAGGUAACUCCAACGGGACAGUACCAGCUCCUGCCACCAAGUUCAUGAGCAUGCUAAGUCAAGAUUUGCAGCUGAGUGACACCGGCAGUGACAGUGAUUGACACAGGAAGCUCCGCCUAGCUGAUGAGAGAUCCCUCCCUCUUGUAUAUUUAACAGUUGGAGUUAUCCUUCCAUUGUCUUGUACAGUAGUGAGAUUAUUUCAUUAGGUUUUUUACCUGAUGUUUUAGCUUGUAUCAAAUGUUUGGAUCCCACCAAAACACAAUUUUGUGUAAGACGUUGUCUUGCUGCAUAUUUCCAGGCUUGGUGGUGGUAUCCAGCAUGCAGGCUGUCUUUUCUUCUGAAACUGCAAGUGAGGUUGUAUACAUGUUUGGGAGUUGUAGUGUACUGUUCACCAGAAGUUAACAACCAAUCGUGUCAGCUGUCAGCCAGAGGUGGACUGGCUAAAACAAGCUACAUUAACAUCAAUUCACUCACUCUCUCGUCAUCUAAUGUAUACAAAACAUGAUUCUAACCAACACCUGGAACAAGGUUAUUGGUGAGUGCUGAUUAUAUAGUUCUGUGCGAGGACACAAGUGGUGAUGAGGCUACGACUCUAAACAAGCCUGUCCGCGUCGCACUGGCUCCAAACAUCAAACUUGUCUAGUAUGGUGGCAAUUACUGUCAUGUGAGCAUAGAGAGAGAAGCACAUGCGGUGUGAGGAGUGUGAACUUGGCAUGAUUGAAGAUUAGUUCAUUUGUCCCACGAAGAAAAGCCUGUCACUGUUCAUUAAUGCCAUGGUUGCCAUGGUUAAGUUGUUUGUUUUAUUCGGAAUGUUAUAACGGGUUGAUCACUGGACACUGUCAGUACCGUGCCUUGGGGAGAGUUUGAUGGGAAGAUUGUUUGAUCUAUUUAUUUAUUGAUUUGAUUGUUUUGUUUUUUUUUACACCGUAAGAUUGUUUGUCUUUCAACAUGCAGUAUGGAGUGCAAGUCUGUACAUCACACGUGGGAAAGUUGAUCAGUAACUUGCCAAAAGUCUGUGGUUUUACAUGUACCUGUUUUAACUGUCUGCCAUCAUGCAUGUGAAAAAUUCCUAAAUGUAAAUUAUGUAAACAGCAAGCAAAAAGUAAAAAGAAAAUAUAUAAACAUUUCCAGGUGACCAAAAUGUUGCAUGGAUAUUUACAUAAGCCUUGGAAAAAAAUAUGAAACAUGAACUUGUCCUGAGAAAAUCAUGUCAGACAUGACUUACGUGUACAGAACUGAUUGUUGACAUGUCCUCAUGCAAGAUGAAGUACCACAGUGCUUGUACAUAAUAUAUUUCUGUAAUGUAUGAAGGAAACUCUUUUCAUUUCUCAUGUAAUAUAUACAUGUUCUAAGCUGUUUUGAGAAUGGGAUGCAAAAUAUUGAUACAGUUGUAUGUUUGUUUUUUUCUGAGCUCUUCACAUGUUUUUGUGACUAUGAUUGUCUAAUAAAUUGUCUUUUUCAUAUGCUUUUGCAUCUAUGAUUGUCUAAUAAAUUGUCUUAGGAAUUACAUGCAUAUCAAAAACUUCAGGUGUUGGGCUCAGAGGAUGUACAUGUAUGAAACUUGCUUUUUAUUAAAAAAAAAAGGAACAAAAAAAAAUAAUUUUUUCAUCUUUGGUCAUUACCAGAUUUUCUGCUCUCUCGUCAUCGCAUUGUUGGAAAUACA